AUGCUCACCUCCAACAACCCAGCCAUAACGGCCUACAAGGUCUAUCACCUUGGUCAAUUCAAACUUGACACCGAAUGUCGACGACAGACACCAGAUCUCCGGCGGAUAGUAUGCCACGCCUCUAUCGUCGACAGUGUUCGUCGAUGGUCUCGUGAUCUCGCCGAACCCGUUGAGACUGUCGUCGUCGACUCAAGUUCCGACGAAGAAUCAGAUCCAUUUGAGGACAGCUAUUCAUCGGAGGAGGAUCUCGAAGACGACGCCGGUGAAGUCGCCAUCUACGACGGCGAUGUUGACGACGAUGCUCUUGUCAUCACCAACGCUCAGUCCAACGCCAAAUCAUUCGAAAUCAACGCUGGUAUCGUACAACAUAUUGCAACAAACACAUCGUCAAGUCCCAGAAAACGACCUCCACCACCACCAUCUCAGUACGAAGUCAAGGAUUCAAGUUGGAGGCAUAACCGACCUUUGAUUGUCAGAGAAACGACCGUUGAGGUUGGUGAAGACGAUUGA